CCUUUAAAACGAUAUUUAUUGAUUUUAAUAGUGAGAGGUUCAAAGGUACAUCAUCAUCAUCUUCGUGAACUCCGAUAAUCUCAUCCCAAUUUCCUCCCAAGCAUCACUCUGUUUGGUUUCUUGGUCAGUUUCUGUUAUUAAACAAUGGAAAAGAUUCAGCACAGCCAUGUCCAAGUGCGAGGAUUAAAGCUUCACGUAGCCCAGAUUGGAACAGGUCCUAAGGUGGUGCUUUUCCUGCAUGGCUUCCCGGAGAUUUGGUAUUCAUGGAGGCACCAGAUGAUUGCUGUGGCUAAUGCUGGUUUCCGAGCAAUUGCUUUUGAUUCCAGGGGCUACGGACUCUCCGACCACCCACCGGAGCCCGAAAAAGCUAAUUUCAAGGACCUUGUCGACGAUGUUGUUGCCCUUCUUGACUUGUUGGGAAUCAAUAAGGUUUUUCUUGUUGGGAAGGAUUUUGGAGCAGUGCCUGCAUUUAUGGUAGCUGUUAUCCACCCUGAAAGGGUGUUAGGUGUCAUAACACUAGGCAUUCCUUUCCUUGUACCUGGUCCUGUUGGUAUCCAAUUUGAUCUCCUCCCCAAAGGCUUCUACGUAUUAAGAUGGGCAGAACCAGGAAGAGCUGAAGCGGAUUUCGGCCGAUUUGAUGUUAAGACCGUUGUAAGAAACAUUUACAUUCUCUUUUGCAGAAGUGAGCUACAAGUAGCUGGUGAAAACGAGGAGAUAAUGGACUUGGUUGAUCCAUCUACUCCAUUGCCACCAUGGUUCACAGAGGAGGAUCUUGAGGUCUAUGCAGCUUUAUAUCAAAAUUCUGGUUUCCGAACCGCAUUGCAGGUCCCCUACAGGUGCUCUCAAUUGGAUUAUGGUAUAACCAAUCCAAAAGUGACAGCUCCAUCAUUGCUGAUAAUGGGGGAGAAGGACUAUUUUAUGAAAUUCCCGGGAAUGGAGGAGUACAUGAAGAAAGGGAUAGUGAAGCAGUUUAUGCCUAAUCUGGACAUCACUUUCAUGCCAGAAGGGAAUCACUUUGUUCAAGAACAACUACCAGAGCAGGUUAAUGAGCUCAUCAUCACUUUCCUCAACAAAAAUUAGCAGCAUUUGAUGUGAGCAUUUGUGUGGCACAAAAGAGUUAAAUUGAGAAGAAUAAGUGUCCUUUGCUAGUGCUAAUGGUCAAGCUUUAAACAGUGUAUGCUAAGGGCAACUUGCCUUGUUACACUUUGAUCUUUUGUUUCUGUGGAUUUGUUCACAUACCCAGAAACAUAUUAUGGGGAACAUGUCUCUCAACUAUUUUCCA